CAAAGAUAUUCUGAAAAUACAACUCAAGAACAUUUUGUAGACAUCGAAAAUAAAGAAAUCAAAUAAAUACCCAAUGAUUUGUAGAAAGUAAUCAGUGUUAACUAAAUCGUGUUUAGUGAACAACGUGAAUAGUGAAGCAAUUGAUCCAGUAUUAUUAAUAUGAAAUCUGUAUUUGUUUGUACUUUAGUGUUGGCAUUAGCCCAUUACGCUUUUGCCGGUGUCUGUGACAGCAAUGUAGACUACAAUUCAACUCUUAUAACUCCAUGCCUCGGCAAUGAUAUUAUAGUAUUAUGGCCGAAUUAUUUAAAUUUUAAUACUUAUUACAAAUGUGUGGAAUUUGGCAAACCCCAACUAAUGGAUUGCCCACCUAAUACAUACUUCACCUAUUACUUCCAACAAUGUACAGGUUGUGACAACUUUAUUCCAGCACCUACAUGCGAAUAUUUAAGUCAAACCACCGAUGUUGAAUGUGUACCUCUUGUAAAACCAACCACUGCUGCUCCUACAACUCUUAAAACUACGCCUUCCAAGACUACUCCCAUAGUUACUACUGCUCCUCCUUCCACUCCUGUACCUUCGACUCCCACAACUAAUAAACCUGAUCCUACAACUCCCAAAACUACUAAACCACCUAAAGUUACCACAACUGUGAAUCCAUCACCUCCAACCGGUACCGGACCUACAACAAAUGCGCCAUCAUCAGAUAUACCUCUACCUCCUAUUGCAUCAACAGUAAACACCAAGUACCCUACACCACCCGGCAUGCCACCAACACCACCAUCAUUUGGCACUCCUCCAUCGAUAGUACAACCAAAAAAUUAAUAAUUAAAACGUAGAUUUCACAUAAAAAGUAUAAAUUAUGAACUUGCCCCAAUAUUGGAAUUAUAGUCUUCUCUUAAGUAUUUAAUGAAAAAAUAAACACUAACAAUUGCUCUAAAUAAUUUAAA